AUGCUUAGUUAUUACCUGCUGAAUAUGAAUCGCGUGGGUGAUGAUGAUAAGCAUGAUGUUGGUAUUCGGGAGCUGGUGGUGCUUCAUAGCGAUAAGAUGGCGCACGAUGAAUCCCAUGACUGUAGGAUUCAACGUGUGGUGAAUGGUGGUAAGACGGAUGAUGAUGAGACUCAUAUGACUCUUCAUAACUUCAAUUUCAAAUGA